AGUAGCCGCGCAGCAACAUUUACGUUGCAGAAUGAUGCAAACACCGCGAGAGUCGCGUGCUUGGCUUGUGGUUUUGCUUCCUCAAAAUGUAAACACUGGGAGCUGGUGAGCUAGCCAGAUACACACAUUUCAGGAAGACAGUGCGGUUGUUAAUGACGCUGGGAUGAGUUCAAUUUCCCGGUGGUCAAAAUGGAGAAUAAAGGGACUGAUGAGGUGGAGAAAUUGAAGACAAAGUUCUUGUCAGCAUGGCACAAUGUGAAGUACAGUUGGGCUUUGAAGUCAAAAACCUACUUUAGCAGAAAUUCCCCAGUGUUCCUCCUGGGGAAAUGCUACCAUUUUAAGGCUGACGAUGAGGAUAGCCCAACAGAGAGCUGCAGCACUGAGGUCUGUGAUGCACCCCCCGCCACAGGGGGUGACAACGUGGAGGCUUUCCGGAGGGACUUUGCGUCCCGUGUGUGGUUGACCUACAGAGAGGAGUUUCCUGCCCUGCCAGGCUCCUCCCUAACCUCUGACUGUGGCUGGGGCUGUAUGCUAAGGGCGGGACAAAUGAUGCUGGCUCAGGCCCUCAUACUACACUUCCUGGGCAGAGACUGGAUGUGGUCGGAGGCGUUGGCCCUCCAGCCUCUGGACACAGAGACCUGGACCACCAGUGCAGCCAAGCGUCUUGUGGCCAGCCUGGAGGCCUCACUGCAGGGAGAGAGGCCCUCGGGCCCAGGACCAAUGCUUCAUGCUCCAGGGGCCCCUGGAAGAGUGGAGGAGGCUGACAUCCACCAGAGGGAGGUCUACCACCGUACCCUGGUGUCCUGGCUUGGGGACAGCCCUCAGGCACAGCUGGGUGUCCACAGACUGGUGGAGUUAGGCCUGGUGUCUGGGAAACGGGCAGGGGACUGGUAUGGCCCUGCAGUGGUGGCACACAUCCUGAGAAAAGCUGUAGAGGAGGCAACAGACCCUGGGCUGUCGGGCAUAACUGCUUAUGUCUCCCAGGACUGUACAGUUUACAGUGCUGAUGUCAUCGAUAGCCACCAGUCGUGUGUGGCUGGGGGAGCAGAUGCCCUGCCCUUUACUGACAGCCGGGCGGUCAUCAUCUUUAUCCCAGUCCGACUGGGGGGAGAGAAGACCAACCCAGAGUACUUCAGCUUUGUCAAGAGCAUAUUGAGUCUGGAGUACUGUAUUGGUAUCAUCGGGGGCAAGCCCAAACAGGCCUGCUACUUCGUGGGCUUUCAAGAUGACAGCUUGAUUUACAUGGACCCUCAUUACUGUCAGUCUUUUGUGGAUGUCAGCACUAACCAUUUCCCUCUUCAGUCGUAUCAUUGCCCGUCGCCAAAGAAGAUGCCUUUCAGUAAGAUGGACCCCAGUUGUACCAUAGGCUUUUACUCUAGAAGUGUCCAGGACUACCAGACAAUCAGCCACGAACUGUCCAAGGUGUUGCUGCCAUCAGCGAAUGAGAAAUACCCAGCAUUCACUUUCAUGCAAGGUCACGGAAGAGAUUACAACCUUUCGGCGGAGUUGACCCCGGAGAAGAGGGAAUGGCCGUUUAUCCGUGACCCACAGAGAGCAGCCGCUACCGCUGGAGACUUCGUGCUGCUCUGAAGGUCAACGCUGCGGUCAAAGGUCAUGGUCAGAGACUUUUUAAAACGACCAGCGAAGUGACUUUACCAGACAGACUGAAACCUGCUUAUCAAAGGCCAGGACUCUAUUCCAUAAUUAUGAAAAUACAUAGCCAAUAUAAAAAUGUUCUCACACCAGCAUUCAUGACUUAAUACACAAAACCUAAAAAUAUUAAAAUUGUUAUCUUAUACUGUAGAUAGUUGCUGUUAGUUUUGAUUGUUCUGUGGAAAUCGGUAACAUAGGGCAAAGGAUCAAACAAACAUACCAUGGGUCUGUAAGCGCUAUGAGGUUGCACUGAGGGUUAUGCGAUGUACUGUAUCUUGUACACUGUGCAUUAUUGAUACAGAUGGAGAAUUGGGUGCCUUGGCUUAUUGGAAGACAAGCUCUCAGCCAAAUAUAAAACACAUUUGCCUUGUAAGGUUCUGCACUUUAGGAGACGGUAGUCAUCAGAGGUUAUGUGUGAGGAUAUCACUGUGGUUCUAUAGCUGGGCCUUAUAACACAGUGAAGUGCUAUAGGAGAGUGUCAUUCAGACUAUUUUUUUUAGAAGUGUGUAGAAAUACUUUGAUAGUCCUGAAGAUUUUAAUGGUAAAAUAUGUUCUAGGGUUACACUCUUAUGAUUUCGAGACCACAUUUACAUUAGUAGGAAAAGUUUUAGAUUGCCAAAUCAUUUCAAAACGUCUUUGAAUUUUCAAACAGCCAUUUGAGAAUUUCUGACCUUGAAAGGAUAUAGUACUUUGGUUCAUGCAUUUUUUUAUUUCCCAAAGCAAAUGAGUUGUCUAAAUGGAAAGGUUUUCCAAUGUCACAGUCAAACCCAUCUAUUAGAGGUGACAUGUACAAUGCCUUGCUUCUCUUUGUACUUUCACAAUAAUUACGAACUUUAAAUAUACGUUACCCACAUACUAAGUUAAUUGAGUAAUCUCAUUUAAAUGGUGAUAUUUGUAGAAGCCACAUUUUCUUAUGUGGGUUGAAUGUAAUUGAAAUGUUCAACUGUAAAUGCAUAAAGACAGCUACAUUCUACCCAUGUUGCAAAAUGUUCCCAAAAUGCAUCUCUUUAUUACAGUAUUGAUUCUCACACUGCUGUGUAGCAAAGUAGAAUAAAGUCAUAAAACUUUUGGAUUCUCUGAUCUGUGCACCUCUUUACAAGCAAUAAAGAGAGAGAUAUCUCUUGGAAAAACA